AUGGAAACUGGACCAGUUGCUGUUACAAGUCCAAGCACGUUACCUACCUUGCCUUCACUCUCCGUGAAACUUCAAGAAAGAAACUACACUUUUUGGAAAUCUCAGAUCUUGCCAGCCUUGAGCUCACAUGGUUUGGAUGUCUUUGUUACUGGAGAAAAAGUAUGUCCACCAAUGUUCUUAAUUGUUACAUCUGAAGAAACAGGAGAAAAGAAUGUUGCUAAGUGUAGUACAGCCUAUGAAAUUUGGAGUAUUUUAGAGUUGCAUUUUCAAUCAGUCUUUAAGGCUAGAACACUGCACUUAAGGAACUUACUGCAGACAACUAAGAAGGAUUCAUGUAGUAUUAGUGAAUAUGUGCUAAAGAUGAAAGAAAUUGGAGAUGAGUUGAAUGCUAGUGGUGUAAGUAUGAGUGAUGAGGAACUGUUGUUGUAUAUAUUAGAUGGUUUGGGACCGGAGUAUGAUGUUGUUGUUGCAAAUCUCACAUCUAAUAGUAGCGUUAUCACUAUACAAGAGGCUUAG